UCUUUUGUUUUUAAUCAAAAAAAGAAUCAAGCAUUGAGUAACAAUAAUAUUAAUAAUAAUUAUAAUUAUUUGUUAUUUAGUUGUGAUUGUCGCGAGGCGGUUGAGUGGAAUUAUUAUUUUUUUACAGCAAAAAAAAUUAUAACUUUUUGGUCAGUGCCUGGAAUUCUCAAUAAAACAUUUUAUCAUUGGAUUGCAGUGAAAAAAAAAAAACUAUAUCGAGAGAAGGAAAACGCGUGCAGUGUGCAGUAAUUUUGAAGAUGAACGCUCUACCGAUGACGACGAAAACGACGAUGAUGACGGGGAGGCAUAGAAGAAACGUGAUCGUGUCAACUGUUGGUGCAACAAUGACCAGCAGUUUUCUGGUGCUGAUACCACUUUUACUACAGAUAUUUUCAUCCAUGUUGCCACUUGUGGCGGGACAUGGACGACUAAUGGAUCCACCGGCACGCAAUGCAAUGUGGCGAUUUGGUUAUCCAAAUCCAGUCAACUACAAUGACAAUGAGCUCUUUUGCGGUGGCUAUGCGGUCCAAUGGGAACAAAAUGCUGGACAAUGCGGAGUAUGUGGCGAUGCGUAUCAUAUGAAGUCACCGCGCCCACACGAAGCCGGUGGAGAGUUUGCCAAGGGAAUCAUCUCCAGAUAUUACACAGCCGGACAGGAAAUCGAAGUUGAAGUUGAACUAACAGCCAAUCAUUUUGGUCGUUUUGAGAUGUUCCUUUGUCCCAAUAAUAAUCCACGCUAUGAGGCUACACAAGAAUGUUUUGAUCGUUAUCCACUCUUCAUUUCUGGUACAAGGGAACAUCGUUUCUUAAUUCCCAGCGAAGCUAAGAAAAAGGAUAUCUUCCGUUAUCGAGUGAGGCUUCCACCCUAUGUAACAUGUACUCAAUGUGUCUUGCAAUGGACUUAUUAUACAGGAAAUAUGUGGGGAACAUGUGCGAAUGGUACUGAAGCUGUUGGUUGUGGACGUGCUGAAACUUUCCGAAACUGUGCUGAUAUUGCUAUUGUAUCAAAUACUGGAGGUGGUCUACCCCCAGCAUUCGUCAACACUAAAUCACCUUACCUUCUUUACUACAAAGACUAUCGUGCACCACUUGAUAAUAAUGUCUUCCCACUUAUUGUUCGCGAUCAAAUGUGUCUGCCAUCACCGGCAUUCCGUUCAUUGCCAGGUAUGCGAGGCUGGUGUGAGAAUAAUUGUCUGAGGUAUCCACCAAAUUGUCCUGAAAGUGCUUGUCAUUGCCCGCAAACUUGUGAAGCUAUUGGUGAAUUGGCUGGACGUGAAGGUGCUGAUACAUAUUGCUUAGAUAAUUGUCUCAAUUUCCGUUCAAAAUGUCCAACAGAUAGAUGUCGCUGCUAUUAGAAGUAAAAAAAUUGAAAUUGUCGACAAAUAUGCUUGCUCAAAAUGAAUAGAAACAAAUUUAAAAGCUGUGCUAAGAGGUUACUGCCAUAUAAAUGUUGU